UCGUCUUCUUCAUUACGCGUCUUCUUCUUGUUCUUCAUAUUCCACAUCUGCCUCCUCCUCUUUAAUUAUCAACAGCUCUCCUCUCACUAUCUAUCGAUUUCUCUUAUUUAUUGUUUAACUUGCGUGGACACAUUUGGAGAACCAAACCCCAAAACAAAAAAGAAGAAGGAAAAGCUAGCAUAUAGCAAAGCUGAUUUCAACCAAACACCUUCUUCACACGGCUUCCCUCAAUUUUUUUUUUUUUACCAAAAAGUUUCUUCAUUGCUUUGAUAUAAGCUGAGAAACCUCACUCACAAUCCUCUGAGAUUCGUCUGUGAAGCUGCUUAUUGCAUGUUUUGAUGGGAGCUGAAACGACUGGAUCUCUCGAGACCGAGUUGGGCUGAGUUGACCCGGGAUUGUCUCUCUCUGUUUUUCGAUAUUGCGUGUCCGUGAAUUCGUCAUUCUAUCGACUUUGUCGGAAAUAUGAAUACUGGUGGUCGGCUCAUUGCCGGUUCUCACAACAGGAACGAGUUCGUGUUAAUUAAUGCAGACGAGAGUGCCAGAAUAAGAUCAGUGGAAGAACUAAGUGGGCAGAUAUGCCAAAUAUGUGGAGAUGAGAUAGAGCUGACAGAUGAUGGAGAGUCUUUUGUGGCAUGUAAUGAAUGUGCUUUCCCUGUCUGUAGACCUUGCUACGAGUACGAGAGAAGAGAGGGAAACCAAUCUUGUCCUCAAUGCAAAACCCGUUACAAGCGCAUCAAAGGGAGUCCAAGGGUUGAAGGAGAUGAAGAAGAUGAUGGAAUUGAUGAUCUUGAUUUUGAGUUUGACUAUAGGAGUGGCAUUGGAUCUGAACAGGUCUCUGACACUUUCUCUCGCCGCAACUCAGAGUUUGAUUUGGCUUCUGCUCCACCUGGCUCUCAGAUUCCAUUGUUGACUUAUGGAGACGAGGACGUUGAGAUAUCUUCUGAUAGACAUGCUCUUAUUGUUUCUCCAUCACCUGGUCAUGUCAAUAGGUUUCAUCAAGCGCCUUUUGCUGACCCGGCCGCACAUCCAAGACCAAUGGUACCUCAAAAAGACCUUGCGGUUUAUGGAUAUGGAAGUGUCGCGUGGAAGGAUCGAAUGGAGGAAUGGAAGAGAAAGCAGAACGAGAAAUUUCAGGUGGUUAAACAUGACGGAGAUUCUAGUUUUGGCGAUGGAGAUGAUGCUGAAAUCCCCAUGAUGGACGAGGGAAGGCAGCCUCUGUCUAGGAAAAUACCGAUAAAGUCAAGCAAAAUAAACCCGUACAGGAUGCUAAUCAUUCUCCGUCUAGUGAUUCUCGGUCUCUUUUUCCAUUACCGUAUUCUUCACCCCGUCAAAGAUGCUUAUGCCUUGUGGCUAGUAUCCGUGAUAUGCGAGAUAUGGUUUGCGGUUUCAUGGGUUCUUGAUCAGUUCCCUAAAUGGUAUCCUAUAGAGAGAGAGACAUACUUGGACCGGCUUUCGUUGAGGUACGAGAAAGAAGGGAAACCGUCAGAACUAGCUGGUGUAGAUGUCUUCGUGAGUACAGUGGAUCCCUUGAAAGAGCCUCCGCUUAUCACAGCAAACACUGUUCUGUCUAUUCUUGCGGUUGAUUAUCCGGUAGACAGAGUUGCUUGUUAUGUCUCUGAUGACGGUGCUGCUAUGCUUACUUUCGAAGCACUCUCAGAAACUGCUGAGUUCGCAAGGAAAUGGGUUCCUUUCUGUAAGAAAUACAACAUCGAGCCACGUGCUCCUGAAUGGUAUUUUUGCCACAAGAUGGAUUAUUUGAAGAACAAAGUCCAUCCUGCAUUUGUUAGGGAGCGCCGAGCCAUGAAGAGAGAUUAUGAAGAGUUCAAGGUUAAGAUCAAUGCUUUAGUUGCGACUGCACAGAAAGUGCCUGAAGAAGGCUGGACUAUGCAAGACGGUACUCCGUGGCCUGGUAAUAACGUGCGGGAUCAUCCCGGAAUGAUCCAGGUCUUCCUUGGAAAUAACGGUGUUCGUGAUGUUGAAAACCACGAGCUGCCUCGGCUGGUUUAUGUUUCUCGUGAGAAGAGACCUGGAUUUGACCAUCAUAAGAAGGCUGGAGCCAUGAAUUCCUUGAUAAGAGUCUCGGGGGUUUUAUCAAAUGCUCCUUAUCUUCUAAAUGUCGACUGUGAUCACUACAUCAACAAUAGUAAAGCUCUUAAAGAAGCAAUGUGUUUCAUGAUGGAUCCUCAGUCAGGAAAGAAAAUCUGUUACGUUCAGUUCCCUCAAAGAUUCGAUGGGAUCGAUAGGCACGAUAGAUACUCUAAUCGCAAUGUUGUAUUCUUCGAUAUUAAUAUGAAAGGUUUGGAUGGAUUACAAGGGCCUAUAUAUGUUGGAACUGGGUGUGUUUUUAGGAGGCAGGCACUUUACGGAUAUGAUGCACCUAAAAAGAAGAAGGCUCCACGUAUGACUUGUAAUUGCUGGCCUAAGUGGUGUUUAUUUUGCUGUGGUUUAAGAAAGAAUCGCAAGUCAAAGACAACGGAUAGGAAAAAGAAAAACAGGGAAGCAUCAAAGCAGAUACACGCGUUAGAAAAUAUCGAAGAGGGCACCACCAACGGCACAGAUAAUGCGGUGAAAUCACCAGAAGCGACGCAACUGAAGUUGGAGAAGAAGUUUGGACAGUCUCCUGUUUUUGUUGCCUCCGCGAGUAUGGAGAAAGGUGGGCUUGCCAGGAACGCGAGUCCAGCUUCUCUGCUUAGAGAAGCAAUCCAAGUCAUUAGUUGUGGAUACGAAGAUAAGACCGAAUGGGGCAAAGAGAUCGGGUGGAUCUACGGUUCUGUGACUGAAGAUAUCCUUACGGGCUUCAAGAUGCAUUCUCAUGGGUGGAGAUCAGUUUACUGUACACCAAAGAUUCCGGCUUUUAAAGGAUCAGCGCCUAUCAAUCUCUCUGACCGUCUUCAUCAAGUUCUUCGUUGGGCGCUUGGUUCUGUUGAGAUUUUCAUGAGCAGACAUUGCCCUAUUUGGUAUGGUUACGGAGGAGGUUUGAAAUGGCUUGAGAGAUUGUCUUACAUCAACUCUGUGGUUUAUCCAUGGACCUCUAUUCCACUCCUGGUUUACUGUUCUCUCCCUGCUAUUUGUCUUCUCACUGGGAAAUUCAUCGUCCCCGAGAUUAGCAACUAUGCAAGUAUACUCUUCAUGGCACUUUUCUCGUCGAUUGCUGUGACGGGCAUUCUUGAGAUGCAAUGGGGUAAAGUUGGGAUCGAUGAUUGGUGGAGAAACGAACAGUUUUGGGUGAUUGGAGGUGUAUCAUCACAUCUCUUUGCUCUCUUCCAAGGUCUACUCAAGGUUUUAGCAGGUGUCAACACAAACUUCACAGUCACAUCUAAAGCAGCAGACGAUGGUGAAUUCUCUGAGCUAUACAUCUUCAAAUGGACCUCUCUCUUGAUCCCACCGACCACGCUGUUCAUCAUAAACGUGAUUGGAGUCAUUGUUGGAGUCUCUGAUGCGAUCAGUAACGGAUAUGACUCAUGGGGACCUCUUUUCGGAAGAUUGUUCUUUGCUCUUUGGGUCAUUAUUCAUCUCUAUCCUUUCCUCAAAGGUUUGCUUGGGAAACAAGACAGAAUGCCUACUAUCAUUCUUGUCUGGUCCAUCCUUCUCGCCUCUAUCCUUACGCUUCUUUGGGUCCGAGUCAAUCCCUUUGUGGCCAAAGGCGGUCCCAUCCUCGAGAUCUGCGGUUUGGACUGUCUUUGAUUGAUCUUGGUUUGAUGAUACAUAAAACGUUUUUCCACAAGAGGUAAGUAAAGAGGAAAGUGUCACAGAUUUGUUUUGUUACUGUGUUUGUUGUUGUCGAGGGGAAAAACCCUAUUAUUAUAUUGAACAAGAAAAAAGGGUUUAGAUAUAUAAUGUUUAAGUUUUUGGAAGGUGGUGUUGUAUUGUAGAUAUAGAAGGUGUUAGCUAUUUGUUCUUGCUAUUUUUUUGGGGGAUGAAAGUGAAACAGAAAAGAGAGAUGUUGUAUUAUUAAUUCUUUCAUUGAAUAUUUUGAGAAAUCUUCUGCA